CAGAUUGCGUUUACUUUUAUCAUUUUCAACACUGAUACAGAACGAUUUACCUUCAUUUAAGAAGCCUGCAAUUAUGUUUCGAACAAAGAAAACAGAUUUUCCUGCUCGGCCGCAACCACCAAGCUGGGAACAGAUGGAAGAGGACCUAAAGGCUGCCACAGAAUCUGACAUAAUUUUCACACUUUCUGCAGGUAAGGCAGGAGGAAAAAAUACAACUGACCAGCCAGAGAAAAGUGCCACCGGUAGCGAUGCAGAAACUCUCAAAGAUUAUAUGGACGAUGAGGAACUUUUCCAACAAGCUGUAGAAUUUGUGGAAAAAAAUGACAAAUUGUUGAAUAACAUUCAUCGUUUAACUGAUGAAAGAGAAGAACUACAACAAGUUAGCAAUAACCUGAAAUUGACUUUGGAAAAUGUGAAAAAACAAGCAUUAGUUGCAAUUGAUAGAUACUGAUACAGUAUUUAUAUUUUGUUUUAAUAUGCUACUUUAUUUCAUAGAUGUUCUGCAGAGUUAAACUGUAAUAUUGUACUGUGUGUAUACUUCACUGUAUACAGUAUCCAUCAAGACUUUAGCUAUUGUUAGCUCAAACAUAUUAGUUAUAUAAUAUGUAAUUGAUCCUUAAAACAGAAAUAAAUGUUUUUCAGUCAUUAAAGCUGAGGUACUUAAGCAUAUCUUGCAAAUAAUCCUCAUUGUCAGUAAACAAUAAAAGUUUAAAUUUC